GCAGCUUCCUGGGGAACUCCCCAAAACUCAGGCUUUCCCCUUGGACCCUUUACGAGGAUUCUCAUCACUCUCCACUUUCGUUUAAUCCAAGAAAGCGGAAUCUGCAAAGGGCUUUUCGGAAGUUUCCUUAAGGGAUCCUUCAUAGACAAAAUGAAUCCCAAGGAAGAAAAAGUAAACAUCAUUACAGAGGAGUUCAUUGAAAAUGAUGAGGAUGCCCACGUGGGAAGUAAAAAGAAGAACUCGAAGAUGCAAAGACAAAAAAGGAUGAAACAGCCUCUGCCAGCUGGCCCCAAGGAAAUGGUGUCGGAAAAACCCCAUACCAGCAAGCAGCAGGAACCCCUGCAGGGAGAGCCCCUGGAACCCGUGCAGGGAGAGCACGAGGCUCACCUCCUGAGCACGAUGACCCGACGAGGCCCUCGAAGCUUACCUCCAAUUCCUUCAGCUUCCAGAACAGGCUUUGCAGAAUUUUCCAUGAGGGAACGCAUGAGGGAGAAAUUACAAGCUGCGAGGUCCAAAGCAGAAAGUGCUUUGCUGCAGGAAAUUCCCAUCCCACGACCCAGGCGCUUACAAAGUCCCAGUGAAAAGGAAACGGAGACUGGAUUUGGCACGGAGCCAGAUAAAGAGGUAUUAAGAACUCAACAAGAAGACGGCUCCCACUCAAGAGUAAAGUUCCAUGGUUCUGUACGAAAAAUCAAGUCUAAAGCUCCGAUUCCUACUGGUUUUCCUUCUGCAGAGCAGGCCUAUAACUUCUUUACUUUCAACUUUGACCCUGAACUGGGGGAAAUGGAGGGAAAACUGAAAGCAAAAAGUAGAGAUGCCACGAAUCAAGAGGGGGAAGAAGGGGAGGAAGAAGAAGCACCUGUGCAAGAAGGAGUAAACCAAACGGAUGAGGAAGAGCUCCUUAGUGGUAGGGAUGAAGAUGACUUCCUGUUGGGCUUAGAUCCUGCAGCAGAAGAUUUUGUGGCAAUCAGACCUGCAGAUUAUGAAAGUGUCCAUGUUCGGAUGCAGAUGGAAAAAGAAAUCUUAUUCACACCCAGUAGGCUGACAGUGCCUACCUAUAAAAAGCUUCCUGAGAAUGUGCAGCCCAGAUUCCUGGAAGAUGAAGGCCUUUAUAUCGGGGAAAGACCGACGGUGCCACGCACUAAUCAGAACAUCGUGGAGAACAGGCUGCUGACCCAGGAGCCGGGAAGAAGAUGGUUUGGAGAUGACGGCAGAAUCCUCGCACUGCCAAACCCCAUCAAGCCAUUUCCUUCAAGGUCACCCGUGUUAACACUGGAGCAAGACACUAAGGCGGAACUUGAGACGUUAUAUAAAAAGGCAGUAAAAUAUGUCCACAGCAGUCAGCAAAUGAUUGGAUCUGGAGACCCUCCUGGAAAUUUCCAACUGGACAUUGAUAUUUUGGGGUUAAUGUUCACCCAUCACCCCUGUUUCAGCCGAGAACAUGUUUUGGCGGGCAAGCUGGCCCAGCUCUAUGACCAGUAUGUUGCAAGACAUCAGAGAAACAAGGCGCAAUUUCUCACCGAUAAGCUCCAAGCACUGAGAAAUGCUGUUCAGACUAGUCUUAAUCCAGCAAAACCUCACAAGUCUCUUGAGGCAGCCCAAAAAGCCGUCAAUGAGUAUAAAUCUGAAAUUCGGCAAACAAGAAAACUGCGUGAUGCUGAAGAAGAAAAAGAUCGAACACUGCUUAAGAACAUCAUAAAAGUUUGGAAAGAGAUUAAAUCUCUUCGAGAGUUCCAGAGAUUUAUGAAUACGCCCUUGAAACUUGUUUUGAGGAAGGAAAAAGUUGACCAGAAAGCAGAUGAAGAAGCUUAUGAAGCAGAAAUCCAAAUGGAAAUACGUGAGUUGUUGGACGAAUGCAUGGAAGAGUACGAACAGAAGAUGGCCGAGUUCAGAACUGCACAUCAACAGUGGAGAGCCUGGAAGAAAGCCCAAAGGGCCAAGAAGAAAAAAAAGAAGCAAGUGGAAGAUGACAAUCCUGAUGAAGAGACUGAAGAGCCAUAUCCUGGGGAGGCCCCCAUGAAACCUGUCCCUCCAGAGCUCACUGACCAGGCAGUGAUAGAACAGCAGGUGAGGGACAGAGCGGCUCAGAGCAGGAGGAGGCCUGGGGAGCCCAGGCUGGUCCCGGAGCUGAGCCUGGCGGGGAGCGUGACGCCCAGUGACCAGUGUCCCAGGGCCGAGGUCUUGAGGAGGGAGGAUGUGAAGAGGCGCUCUGUGUAUCUGAAGGUGCUCUUCAACAACAAGGAGGUGUCCAGGACGGUCACCCGGCAGAUGGGGGCGGACUUCCGAGUCCACUUUGGACAGAUUUUCAACUUGCAGAUAGUCAACUGGCCAGAGAGUUUGACACUUCAGGUAUAUGAAAUAGUCGGGCACAGUGGUACCACCUUGCUAGCAGAAGUGUUUCUGCCCAUCCCUGAAACGACAGUUGUCACUGGAAGGGCUCCCGUUGAAGAAGCUGAGUUUAGCAGUAACCAGCAUGUGACGCUGGACCACGAAGGAGUCGGAAGUGGAGUGCCCUUCUCGUUUGAAGCUGAUGGUAGCAAUCAAAUCACUCUAAUGACCUCGGGGAAAGUGUCCAACAGUGUGGCGUGGGCCAUUGGAGAAAAUGGGAUACCUUUAAUUCCUCCUUUGUCACAGCAGAACAUUGGAUUUCGGAGCGCUUUGAAGAGAGCAGAUGCCAUCUCAUCUGUUGGCACUUCUGGAUUGACAGACAUGAAAAAACUGGCCAAGUGGGCAGCAGAGUCCAAGCUCGACCCAAAUGACCCCAACAAUGCCCCUUUGAUGCAGCUAAUCUCGAUUGCUACCAGUGGUGAAUCCUAUGUCCCUGAUUUCUUUCGACUGGAACAGCUGCAACAGGAAUUUAACUUUGUUUCUGAUGAUGAAUUAAAUAGAUCCAAACGAUUCAGACUUCUUCAUCUUAGAAGCCAAGAGGUACCAGAGUUCCGAAAUUAUAAGCAAAUUCCAGUAUAUGACCGAGAAAUUAUGGAAAAGGUAUUCCAGGACUACGAGAAACGGCUACGGGACAGAAAUGUAAUUGAAACCAAGGACCACAUAGACACCCACAGGGCCGUAGUAGCCAAGUACCUCCAACAGGUUAGAGAAUCUGUGAUAAAUCGUUUCCUAAUUGCAAAACACCAUUUUCUUCUUUCUGAUUUGAUCAUAGAAGAAGAAGUUCCCAAUAUCAGCAUUUUGGGCCUGAGUCUUUUCAAGCUGGCAGAACAAAAGCGACCACUGAGGCCAAGGAGAAAAGGACGGAAGAAGGUGACAGCCCAAAACCUGUCUGAUGGUGACAUCAAGCUGCUGGUGAACGUCAUCCGGGCCUAUGACAUUCCAGUGAGGAAGCCGACAGCAAGCAAGUUCCAGCAGCCAUCAAGGUCAUCCAGGACGUUCAGCGAAAAGCAUGCUGCUUCCACAACCACCCAAAGCCCAGCCCACGGGGCCGACUACCACCUCAGCCAGGUUUUAGUACGUCCUUUUGUAGAAGUUUCUUUUCAACGAACUAUUUGCCACACAACUACGGCAGAAGGACCAAAUCCCAGCUGGAAUGAAGAACUUGAACUUCCGUUUAGAGCUCCUAAUGGGGAUUACAGCACUGCCAGUUUGCAGUCAGUGAAAGAUGAUGUGUUCAUUAACAUUUUUGAUGAAGUGCUAUAUGAUGUCUUAGAGGAUGACCGUGAAAGAGGAAGUGGAAUCCAUACCCGUAUUGAGAGACACUGGUUGGGAUGUGUGAAAAUUCCAUUUAGCACGAUAUAUUUCCAAGCAAGGAUUGAUGGCACAUUUAAAAUAAAUAUUCCCCCCGUUCUUCUGGGCUACAGUAAGGAGCGCAACAUGAUUCUUGAGCGGGGUUUUGAUUCUCCUCGAAGCCUAAGUGAAGGCUCCUACAUCACCCUGUUCAUCACCAUUGAGCCUCAGCUGGUUCCUGGAGAGACGGUUCGGGAAAAGAUGAGUGACAUGCUUAAAAAGUUUGAUUCUCAGGAAGAUGAGAAAUUGCUUCAAGCAACAGAGAAGUUUCAAGCUGAAUGUGCCUUAAAGUUUCCAAAUCGUCAGUGCCUUACAACAGUGAUUGACAUAAGUGGAAAAACCGUUUUUAUUACACGUUAUCUCAAGCCUUUAAACCCUCCUGAGGAGCUUCUCAAUGCCUUCCCUAAUAAUCCACAGGCAACUGCAGAACUGGUGGCUCGAUAUGUGUCUCUGAUUCCUUUCUUGCCUGAUACUGUGUCAUUUGCUGGUGUCUGUGACCUGUGGAGCACAUCUGAUCAAUUUCUUGAUCUCCUGGCAGGCGAUGAAGAAGAACAUGCAGUACUACUAUGUAAUUAUUUUCUGUCCUUGGGUAAAAAGUCCUGGCUCAUGAUAGGCAAUGCUAUUCCCGAGGGUCCAACUGCCUAUGUGUUAACUUGGGAGCAAAGUCAUUAUUUAAUAUGGAAUCCCUGCAGUGGACAUUUUUAUGGGCAAUUUGAUACAUUCUGUCCCUUAAAAAGUGUGGGCUGCUUAAUCGGACCUGAUAAUAUUUGGUUUAAUAUUCAACAAUAUGAUUCUCCUUUAAGGAUAAAUUUUGAUGUCACCAAGCCCAAGCUUUGGAAAUCUUUCUUUUCAAGAAGCCUUCCAUAUCCUGGUCUUACCAGCGUUCAGCCAGAAGAGCUCCUUUACCAGCGUACAGACAAAGCAGCUACAGCCGAGCUACAAGACAGGAUUGAAAAAAUACUAAAAGAAAAAAUCAUGGACUGGAGGCCACGCCAUCUGACUCGGUGGAAUAGGUACUGUACCUCCAUGCUGCGUCACUUCCUGCCUCUGUUAGAAAGAAGCCAAGGAGAAGAUGUGGAAGACGACCACAGAGCAGAACUGAUAAAACAAUUAGGAGACUACCGAUUCUCUGGAUUUCCCCUCCACAUGCCCUAUUCUGAAGUGAAGCCUUUGAUUGAAGCUGUGUAUAGCACUGGAGUACAUAAUAUUGAUGUUCCUAAUGUUGAAUUUGCUCUAGCUGUAUAUAUCCACCCAUAUCCUAAAAAUGUUUUGUCUGUUUGGAUCUAUGUUGCCUCCCUUAUACACAACAGGUAAUUUUUUAUUGUACUUUUUAUAUCAUAUAAAAACUUUAAUCAUGAUAUGAGAACUUUUUUCAAUGUAUGUAAAAUUUAUUUUUGCUUAAUGAUACUGAUCACACCAGAAGAAAAUAUUAUUUGC